UCAUUACCAGCCUAAUGUGGAGGACCUCCGACAGAAAUUUUUACCUCUUUUUACAAAAUACUCUGUUUAUACAGUGUAAUUAAUGCACAGUGAGUGACAACACCCUUGUGACUACCUCAAGUUCCUCUACGGUCGUGUUAGACGUUGUUGGUCUUGGAACACCAACUCUGAAGAAGGGCCAGAUGGAGGAGGUUGUGUUUUGCCAAAUGUGUUCACAGUUGUACCAGAAGGGCGCCCGUGACCCACUGCUCCUGCCCUGCGGCCACGACUUCUGCCGAGGCUGCGUCACCGCCAGCACCCAGCGCGACAACAUACGAUGCCCAACUUGCAAGAAACGCCACAAGUUAUUUCAUACGGAAGAUAUGCCAGUUGUCCAUAAAGUUCUGAAGUUAUCGUUGGACUUCAAACAGAAGCUGUAUGGUGUCUGCAGCGAGCAUGGGGAUCAACUGAAGUCAUCCUGGUGUUCGGAAUGCAAUGUUGCUGUAUGUCCAUCAUGCGCCAACAUCCAGCUUCAUAAUGGCCAUGAAAUCCAGUUGACGGAGGAUUAUAUAAAGCAUAAGAAAGCUGAACUGAGCCAAAACAUUACCGAGACUGAUAACAAGUUAAAGAUAACUAGAUACCUAAACGGCAGAAUUUUAGAUUACAUCGCUCAGUAUGAGCACCAACAGUACAUUAUUUCCAUUGAGAAAAUACAGCAGCUUAAAAAAGCUAUUGCAAAAGCCUAUCGUAUUGAUUGCCUAACUAAUUUUGAAAUAGAGUUAAACAAUAUGAAAGAUCUACUCCAUACAGAAGUUGAACUCAAUCAAUUCAUACACUUCCGUAACGAAGCAUCUGAAAAGGUAAAGGAAUCAGAAAAAGACAUGUUUGAUGCAUUAAAAAGCCAGCAACACAAUAACGUGCAAGAUGGAAUAAAACUAGUCGACAUUCCAAAGGCUAAACUGGUCUUUGAAGAUAACAGACUCCUGGUAUACUCAUUCAUCCCAACAUUUGAUAGCUUCAAUGAGAUGACAACUGAGGUGUUCCUGGAGCUGAGUGUUAGUCGCCGAUGUCUGGGUCGUGUCUAUAUCAAGCUGUGCAAUGACAAGGAUAUGGCAGAGUUGUUCCUGUCUAAGUGCCUCGGCACUCUAAGUGCAUCCUUUCCUUGGACCUCCUUAAGUAUGUUAAGUAAUUCCAGCAAAAGCAUCCAAUGCCUUGCCUUUUCACAUCAAAUUAAGCGAAGCGUGCCUGAUUGGUACAAAGCCUCAAGCGAAGGACAGGAUAUGGGCACAGACACAGAAUCUAAAAUUGAAGGCACAGUGGCGGUACUUGAAACAGAAUCUAAAGUAUACCAAUUCUGUAUACUCAUUAAAUGUGCAAGCAAGGUUCGCAGAGAGUCCUUCGGCAGGGUGUCCUCAGGGUUGAAGGUGGUCCUGGAUGCCAUUCGCCAAGACCCCAAGUCCCUGAUCACCAUCACUAACUGUGGUCUCGUUGUUGACGACUUCAGUGCCCAAGGCCUCUAACCUGUUUAUGGCCUGUUUAUGAUAACCAAGGCCUGUUUAUGAUAACCUGUAUCAUAAACCUCCCUCCGUCACCUCUCAGUGACCUCGUGAUCCCUGAUAACUGUUAAGAAUCAGUAAGCCUUGAUACUGACAUUUAUCGUGAUAAACAUUAACAUUACUUAUUUCACUCAAUCAGUUAUGUGGAGGUCGAUAUUACAUCCUAUUGUUUUCCUGAGUAUUUUGUUUUGUUGACUGUAGUAUGCUGGCAUGUGCCUGUAGGGUAUAUUUCUUUGGUGAUUAUGUGGGUUUAUUCAUGUGAGUAGUCAGUUUUCAUCUCGUGGGGGGAAUACCCAUAUAAGAACAUAUUUACACCAGCACUGACGCACAGGAGACAUCUCCCGUCACGCAGGGUGCAGUCGCACCUCCACAGAUCUCCAGUAUCAUCUAUUAAUACUGGUAAUGGCUCAAAAGGGGCACCACUUACGGGCUAUUCAUGCCCGUGCCACCUCUUGGGUGGCUUAAUCUUCAUCAAUCAAUCAAUCAGCACUGAUGCAUUCAUUGUACCCAGGUUAGCAUCAUGAUUCACCCCUGUUAUUAUAUUUUGAUUAUUGUAUGUAAAUUUUUGUAUUUACACCUUAUUAGAGAUAAAUGUAUUUAAUAUUGUUUGUAAGUAUUACUCCCAGCUAACAGAGUAUCUGAGAGUAUACAUGUGGGUCUUUGUUUGGUAACUUGUAGAUGCUACACCGGGUCGGCGUAU